AUACGAUUAAGAUCACACACGUAAACACACGUGUGUGAAAUCACAUUUUCACUGACAGGGCUGGUAAAUGUUCGAUGCUUCUCAUUUUUCUUGCCAAGUUGCCCGGGGCCAUCUUUUACGAGAGUGACUCGUCACAAUCGAUACAAGCCCGUGGUUCUUCAAAUACAGCAGACGCAGUCUAGGAGAGCGGCAGAGCAGACGAUACCACUGCACAAAAUGGAGACGGAGGCACCAUUCAUCGACAGUUCGUAUCAUAACUAAGUCUAUUUUACAAUACACACGUCACGUGAAACAGACGAUCCACUACUACAGGCUGACCAAUCAGGAUGGCAAUGCUGACCAACGCCUUGUCCUGGGUACGCUCACUUCAGCUUCGACACUUUACUCACCAAGAGGAGGUGCCGGAGAAGUACCGGGAAGAUGGCAUCCUUACUGGAUACAGACUGGCCCAUCAGCCAUGGCGUUACUACAUCGGCAGUCUGUUUCAGAUCCAUAAUGAAACCCUGAAUAUAUGGACUCAUUUGAUUGGCAUGUUCGUCAUUUGGUACGCUCUCGGACAGUACUUCCUGAUCUACGAUUGGUGGACUGAUAAAGACUCUUGGCCAAUUCUGACUUUUGGCAUAUGUGCUAGUUUGACACAUUUUUUGAGUUCGUUGGCUCAUUUACUGCAUUCGAAAAAUCUAUAUGUUCAUCAUUUGGUUUUCAUGGUAGAUUUUAUAGGAGUAGUUUUAUUUGCAUUCGGGACAGGGAUUUUGGCGAUGUACUCGUGUUCAGACAAGGAAAUGUACUCUAUUCUGAGGCCAUUUUACCUACAUCUUCUUGCCUUUUCAACAUGGUUUAAUCAUGCAUUUUUCUGUUUUGCACUACUGUGUUUCAGCGGUGGACCGGCAGUAAGAAAACGGCGAGCACUGCAAGUGUCAGCGCUCCUUGUGGAAGUAUUGCUGAUAUUUGUACCGUUCUUCCCGCGCUAUAUCAAGUGUUUUACAGACCCAGACUGUUCUCUUCACUCUCUUGAUCACAUAACGAUUACAUUCCCAGCCUUCUUGGCGCAGGCGUUUUUCUUUUUGUCGCAAAUCCCAGAGAGGAUUUUCCCUGGAAAGUUCGACAUUGUCGGCCACAGUCACCAAAUUUUCCAUAUUUGUGCUACUAUCGCACAACUCCUGCAGAUGCGAGCCGUCCACCAGGACAUACAAAAUGGGGUCUCCAGUCACGCGGAACCCGACCUGUCGACCAUGCUCAUCGUACUGGCGAUACUUAUAAGUUGUUCCAUAGGAAGCAUCUGUUUUCUACAGAAAUACAUUCCGUGUACUCUUAAAAAGACAAAAACAAAAUGAACACUUAACCCUUUCAUCCUUUUGUAACUUUAAUGAACUCUACCAUGCAUUGAUCUGGAAAAGUCCAUUAUGGUUUACAGUGGUUAAAUGGUUAACAGUAGAAGUAUAGCCUAUCUUGUUAUCGUCAGUAGAAUAUAUACCAGUAUUGGUUAUAUAUUUUUCGAUUAUGAUAUCAAAGUGUUUCGAUAUUAAUCCGCUAUAUUAAAACAAAAAUAUGAUGCUUUCUUAGACUUGUUGCGAGUACUCUCAAUUUUGAAAUAAUGUACGUUGUUUGUUCAUUGUGUUUGUGGAAUCGUGUUGUGGUAUAGAGCUAUUGUAUAUCAAACUCUUACUGAAGGUUUCAGCGAGAUCCUUUUCCACAUUAACGACAAUUUGACAUUUAAGUUUUUCAGCGGACAUUUCUAUUCCACGCGGUAAAUGUGUUCCACUUGAAUUUUUGAAAAUCUGUGUGUCGGUUCACUGGUCGGAAUAUUCAUAUUGUGAAAGAUAACCUUUUCUAUUAGGAUAACUACUUACAUCGGCAAUCAUUGGAAGGACUUCAAUGUAAAUCUCCUAGAAAUUAAUGUAUUUAAAAAAAAAUAAAAAAUACUCGGUCAUAUCCAAAAUCUAUUAUUCAUCUUUUUUGUAUUCUAUCGCUAAUGAACUGUAUACAUUAUAGCGUUUGUGUGUUAUAUAUAAAUGUAAACCCUUUGACAUUAUUUUAUUCCUUCUUGCCAUUUAUACAUAUUAAUUUAUUAUUGAUAUUGAUAGCAUUUCAAUACUUAUUUAACUGAUUUUCCUCCUCAGUUAUAAGGCCUAAGCUAUCGAUCACACCAUUGCUUCUCAAUCAUACAAGUCAUUAAUUUAAUCAAAACAGGUGUUCCACCUUGCCAAUUUAUCUAUGUUUAUGAAUUUAUUUACAUGUUUAUGCAUUUAUUUAUUUACAAUGGUUUUUUUUUAAAUGAACGUUCUUUCGCUUUUAAAUAACUAAUCAUAGAAUCAGUUGUUUCUUCUUGCCAUUUGGCUUUAAUGUAAAUGUUUUUACAAAUGUAUGAUAUAAAAGUUGUUGUUUUUUUUUUUUUUUUUUUUUUUAAAGUUUGCCCUUUCUUAAUUCUUCACCACUCAAAUGAAAUCACUCCAAUCCAAUCUUAACCACUUGCGCAUGGGUAGUGGCAAGUUUACAGUGUACGUCAGCACUCUAUCUCGAUGUGUUUCAUUGACUUCUGAUUGUAAACCUUUCAACGGGUUGUGUCUCAUUCACGAUGCUCUGAAUUUCGUUCAAGCCAACUGAUAGCGGCUCUAGACAAACUGUUAUUGGGUAUCAGUGAUGUGUGACGAUGAAAUAUGGCAAACACAUGUGUUUUAUUUAGACCUAUUAUUAUCAGGUUGUCGUAUGCACCUGAUACUUACUAUACUCGGGAUACACAGCGAUAUAUAUAUAUAUACUCUGAAUGUCAGAUGAAGUUUAAGAUAAACCUUUUAAAACAUAAAGCACAACUAAACCAGAGUAGUCUUACAGGCGAAAACAGAAAAUGUUACCAUCCAAUGAUUUAUAUGUUAAGGCCCCCAUAUAAUGCGGCCCUCAGAGUGAUAAAUGUAGUCUAUCACCAUGCCAACAAAAUUAGAAAUAAAAGAGUUCUGUUCUCGAUGAACAUACGUUUUCUACAUCCUUAUAACGUAUCAUGACAAAACUGAAGGCUCAGUAUGGGUGGACAUUACGAGACAACUAGUCUGGAAAAUGUUAAAAAAAAUCCUUCACAACUGUGGUCUUUGUGAUACAAGAUAGAAGAAAUCGCGCGGUAGCAUAACGGCAAAAUUGAUCGCCUUUGAUUUUGGUAUCGCCCCUCUGUAAUCUUCAAAGGGCAGGCUGGUGAAGUUAUUUUUAUGGCUAACUGUUUACUUUUAUUUUGUCAUGACAUAUUCCCGGGGUGCAGAGAAGGUUUAUAUCGAUAGCGAAACCUUUGGAUUUCGGGGAGAAACUUGCAAACUAGUCGGAAAUAAUAAACUCAAUCGCAUUACUCAACAUGUGGCCAAUUUUUCUUUUUACUCUUACAGUUCCAACCGAUUCAUCAAUUUCUAUGUGUCAAAUGCGAAAUUCGUGAAAACUGUUGAGAAUAUAAACAAAUAAGAGGUUUGCAGGGUACCCAGCAACCACUAGCUCAUGUACACCACAAAACUGGUUUGCCCAAACCAGACAUCCAUCAGUCAAAGUGUCCAAGUCUUGUGACUACAAACGUCUUCUCAUUGUUUAUCGGAUUAGGUUUAGAUGGUGUGUUUGUGUAAAUUACUACAUUGUGUAUCAAAUAAACUGUUUACUCUGG